UCCACUGACGAAGGCGGGCCGCGCAGCAGCUGAGGAGGAGGAGGAGGAGGAGGCGAGGAGGAGGAGGAGGAGCCGGGCUCAGGCAGGCGGGCAGGGAGGAGGAGGGCCAGUCGCGCCGCAGCCUCCGACGCAGCAGCAGCAGCAGCUCCAGACGCGCCGCCGCUGCUGUCUGCCUGGCGGGCGAUGCGAGCCUGAGUCCCCCGCCCAGCUCCCCCCUUAGGCGCCAGGAGCCCCCCCCCCCUCGCGAGCGGCGCAGUUCCUCACCAUGAGCGGAGUAUUGAAACGGAAAUAUGACGAGCUGGAAGACGACGCCCCCUAUUCCUCCUCCUCUUCCUCCUCCUCCCCUUUCUCUUCCUCCUCGGCUUCUUCAGGCUGGGAAUCGGAUGACGAAAACGCCCGAGGAGACAUCAAGCCCGGCCCGGCCCUGAAUGCCAACUUCACUCCGACGUCUAUCCUGAAGAAGAGCAAGCGCCUCAAGAGGAACACCGUGGAGUUUGACCGCGUCACCGUCUUCUACUUCCCGCGCUGCCAGGGCUUCACCAGCGUGCCCAGUCGCGGCGGCUGCACCCUGGGCAUGGUCAACCGGCACAGCUUCUCCAGGGAGUUCACCCUGGCGGAGUUCUCCGCCGAGCAGGAGGCCGUCCGGCGGGAGAAGCUGAAGGAGCGGUUGAAAGAGGAGAAGCUGGAAGCCCUCAAGUGGAAACUGACUAUGAACGGUACGAAAGAGUCGGAGGAGGCCAACCAGCUGACGACGGAAGACAUCUCCGACGACGACAUCGAGCUCGGCAGCGUAGAGCCGGAGGACGGCUUCUUCCUCCAGCCCUACGCGGCCAAGAAGAGGCGGGCCCUGCUCAAGGCCCUGGGCGUCAAGAAGGUCGACAAGGAGGAGAAGCGGGAACUGCACAGCAUCCGCCUCUCCCGGGAAGACUGCGGCUGCAACUGCCAGGAGUUCUGCGACCCGGAAACAUGCAGCUGCAGCUUGGUGGGAAUCAAGUGCCAGAUGGACCACACAUCGUUUCCUUGCGGCUGCACAAAAGACGGCUGCGGGAACACGGAAGGGCGCAUAGAGUUCAACCAGGCCCGAGUGCAGACGCACUUCAUCCACACCAUCAUGAAGCUGGAGCUGGAGAAGAACCAGCAGAGCAGCGAGAGAAACGCGGAGCCGGAGCCGCCCUUCCCAGACAGGCUCCACCCCUUCGGGUGUCCGGUAGGCAAGGGGGCGUUCGAGGAGCGGACUCCUCCCCUGGCGCCCGCCUUCCAGUUCAACAUGGACUUGGAGGCGCUCGGCGAGAACAGCUGCAGCAGCGACAUGACAGACUCUUCGGCAUCGUCCAGUCAGAGCGAGGAUCUGGAAGAGCUGUACGAGGCCGUCCCGUCGGAGAAGUCGCAGUCGGACGUCGACGACGACGGCCUGGCCCGGAUACUCCACUUCAACGAUUCCGACGCGGAAGAGGAAAGCGGGGCCCGAAGCAGCGUCCAAGAUAACCUGAGCUCGUUCCACCCGACAGACUUCUUCAGUGCGGAUGUCGUUGGCCACCCUGUCGCGGGAGCCCCCGAGAAGCUCGGCCCCGGGAGCGCUUUCAGCCAUUUGCCCAACAUCACCGAAUGUUUGGAUGAAAACGCCAACCAGGGCGCCAGCUGCUUUUUGGAGGACGCUGCCGCCGGGGCGCUGUGUGGGGGCACCUUGUGCUGCCCGCCAUCCUCGGCGGAGCAGUGCUCCCGGAACUACAUGGACUUGAGUCUCUCCUCAGACUCCCUGGAUUUCUUCCAGUCGUUUUCAGAUUACAACUUGGGACCUCUUUAUAAUUCCUUGAAGGAGUACGAAAACCUUGACAACUUUUCGGCCUUGCAUCUCCAGUUGCCGAAUUUCCCCAACAUGCCGCAGGUAGGGGACCAGGGCGCCUGCUUUUUAGAGUCUUUGAUUGGCUUGUCUGAAUCUGUCCCAGAAACCCCAGCGCCUUUUACAGACAAUCAGCUUUUGGAAGAUGCCAUGAAAUCAUCGCUGAUGGAGACUGUAAAGGUCUAAAUUUGACCGUGGGAGGGGGCCUCCCCUGUGGAAACUUUUUAAGUGCUUAAUUAAAUAAGCAGGCCUUCCUGCCAGAGAAGGACAUGUUCCCGAGAGCUUUUGGAGCAAGCAAACGUUUGUUUGUUUGUUAUUUUUUUCCCCCGAACACUUUGAAUUCCUGCAGUUACAAUCAGUUUUCUUACUGUUUUGUGCAAAAACCCUUCGCCUUUUCAUGGCGUUCGUGGGGUGGGGACAGGGGGUGGGUGGGGGGCAGAAGAUAGCGUUUGCAAAACUAUCGGAAUUUACCUGCAUUUUGUAUACGGGGGCAGGGGAGUCCUUUAUAGAAAUUAUGUUUAGAAGUUCCUUACGUUUAACAUUGUGGGCCAACCACAGAGCACCUUCUGACAACAUUGACGAUGUUGGCGGGCAAUUUCUCAAGUUACUUUGGGAUUUAUAUCUAUAUAUUUAUUGUGCAAACGAUUUGCUUGAGAGCUAGCUCUCACUUAAACGGGAAAACGUUUACAGAAAAAACAACAACCACCCAUACGCUAUUAUAUACAUAGCCAUUCUUUCCUUCCUAUUUAUUGCAAAUUUCCUCCAAUUUUUAAUAGCCACAGAAGCUUGAACAGAGCAUGAAAUCUUUAUUUAAAUUGGUAAUACCUCAGAUGUAUUAUGUGUACAAUCAUAUUUGUUUGUUUUUUUGCAUAAUAUAUCUGUAUUUAUUUAUUUGUCGACGCUUUCACGCAAGGGGUUUCUCAAGGGCUGGAAGGUGGAAAAUGGGUGCUUAGUAGCACAGGCCCCCAAAGGCGUGUUUGUGAUGGGUGGUUUUUCUUUGGGGUGAAACUGCAGGAAAGUGCUCAGAACGCGUUCUCUGGCUUUGAAUAACUUUUCCAUGGCCUCAACCAGCACUACACACUUAAUCAUGUUUUCACCGUUGUGACUUCUUCAAGGGAA